GAUCCACUUCCUCAAUUCAGCUUAAACAUCAAGAGAAUACUUAUUUUGUUUUCAGUUUACUAGCUAGUGAAGAAUGGCAGAGAAAGAGCAGCAAGUGCAUCCCCUAGCACCAGCUAACGAUCACCCGAGAAGUGAUGAAGAAUCAGCCUCCCGUUUGCAAUCCAAAGAGCUGAAAAGAAAGAAGAGAACCAAAUAUAUAUAUAUCAUCCUUGUUUUUGUACUUGCUGUUUUGCGCGUUAAGAACCCAAAGGUGAGAAUUGGAAGAGUGAACAUUGAAACAAUGGAAAUCAAUAACACCGUAGCUGCUGCUUCAUUUGACCUCAAGUUCAUCGCCCAAGUUACGGUAAAAAACACCAAUUUUAGUCAUUACAAAUUUGAUAACAGUACUAUGACAUUCCUGUAUAAUGGUAUAAUAGUAGGGGAGGCAAUUAUUCCUAAGGCCACGGCCAGAGCUCGUUCGACCAAAAAAUUGGACUUCACAGUGGAAGUAAACUCCAGGGCAUUGACAACCAAUACAGCGCUAGACUCUGAAUUGAGUUCCAAUGUAUUGACAGUGGAAUUGAUGAAAGUGAUGAGGAAAAAGAAAUCCCCAGAGAUGAAUUGUACCCUCACAUUCAAUUUGUCAACAAGGAAUCUUCAAGAUCUAAACUGCAAGUGACAAAAAUAAUUAGGCUUAAUUUGUUCUGUUUUUUUUUUAAUACUUACUGUAUUAUGUGAGAAGUUGUACACACUGUAACGUGUAAUUUUAUUUAUGUGUGUUCGUUUAUGUUCUCAUACAACAUGUCAUUUUACUUCAUUUUUUGAUCUGGUGCUAGAACUCCAAAGGAAGUCCAGGGUGAGCCAUCAGGGUCCAAUUCCAAGUUGAUAUAUAAGGCCUAUUAACUUGGAAUUAAAGAGCUAGGUUUCUUUCUCUAAAUGAUGAGAAAGCUAGCCUGGAUAACUUGGGCUUGAGAAACGUUUAAUUUUGGACUUUGACCCCAUUUUCCCAAAUAAAUAUUUGAUGUAUUUUAUUUAAGUUGAACUUGUUUUAAAAUAUUAAAAUAGUUAAAAUUAAAUCUUGGGCUUGAACUUAAUUUUUGCCAAAGCUUCGGAGAGCUUGA